GAAGAUCCAUCCAUUACAGUGUUUACGGCCAAGAUGAAGAGAGAAAGCUCUGAAGCUGGGCAAGCAAUGGGCAAGAGCCACUACAUGUUCUGGGUAUUGACUGCCAUUAUCCUUUUAGCUGUUUGGUCAAUGUUCACUGGCUCCCUCACUCUCAAAUGGUCCGCCCCCAGCCUUUCCCGCUUCUCCCAUGAAUUGGAUUCUCAAACUCUCGACGAUCUCGAUGUGCUGGAAGUGGAGGAGAGGGAGAAGUUGGUGAAGCGCAUGUGGGAUGUCUACACGCAGACUAGUGCUGCAAGGUUACCUCGGUUUUGGUCAGAGGCUUUUCAAGCUGCUUACGAGCACUUGGUCAGUGAUGUUCCAGGCGUCCGAGACACUGCUGUUUCUGAAAUUGCUCAGAUGUCAUUGCGUUCUUUUGAUUUAAACAUCCUUCCUCUUCAAUCAGAGUCGGAGCUGAGUAGCAGAGGGUGAAGGAAAAUUAAGCAAGCAAAGAGCGGCGUGGGCAGCACACUCGGCAAUAAAGGAUGACAAGAGUCCUUAAUUUUUACAACUAGCUUGGAAACAACUAGAACUCGAUUGUUGUUCAGCUUAUGACAGCCUUCAACAAAGUAAAGCGUGUCACAAUUUAUGAAUUCGCUUGUCUUUCUCUAAAGCUUAUCUUCCAAAUGAAUAGAAAGCUGUUUCUAGGUUGGCAGGUUUGAAAUGUAAAGUUGUUCAGAGCGUAAACCUUACUGCUGAUUUUAUAUUAUUUUGUGUUGCAUCAAUGGAAUUUUUACCAAAAUAUAAAUUUGCUUUCGUA